CCGCCAUUCUCCCGAUCCUUCUCUCCCCUCGAAAAAAGCCCUAAUUUUUCCCCCUUUUUCUCCUCCUCAGCCCCUCCACGGAGGGUUUUGGGGCUUCAAUCCAGCAAUGGCGAGCUCGAUUCCAACUCGGAGCUCGACGGAGAAGUCUGAGGCCCUGAAACCCUGCUCAAAUGCGAGGAAAAAUGGUGGAGAUCGUGGCAACAUCGGUCCUGAGCGUGCAUUUGAAAAUCCUGAACUCUGGGGGUUGAGGCGCUCUGCGAGGAAGUCUGGGGUUCCGGAUUUCUUUCACGAUUCCAUGGGGGGCAAUGCGGGCUGUAAGCUUGGUUCUCCGAGAAGCUUUUUUGGGGAUUCAGUGGCCACAAAUUCUAAGAGUGAGGUUGUUGAUAAUGGUGAUCGGAGUGUUUCUGAACUCAAAAGUUCUCGUUUUUGUUCCGUUGUUGGCAAUGAGGGUCCACAGAUCUCAUUACACACUGAUAAGGCUUUGACGAGGUGCUGCUCACUGGAGGACUCAACCGAUGGUGAUCCUGGAAAGAAGAAUGAGAAGCUUAUUGCUCUGUCCUGUAAUGAAGAAGAGUUUUUGAUUGAGAAUCGGGAGGGCCCAACUUCAAAAAAGAUGAAGGUUUCUUCUCGUCCCGUAGUGAACACUGUUCCUUUUGAUGCGAAGUACCUAAGAAAGGUCAAUGGGACUACCUUUUUUGUUGGCAACCCUGUUCUAGAGGAAGAAGCUAGGCAGAGGUGGCCACACCACUAUAUGAAGGGCAAGAAAAGCAAAAAAGGGUGUAAUCCUGCGAAUGACUGUGAUGAAGACGAGGUCAUCUUAGAUGUAAAAUGCCAUUACUUGCAAGCUAAUGUUAGUGGAUGCCUUUUUGAUAUUGGGGAUUGCGCUUAUGUGAAGGGUGAGAAACGAAAACCGAAUUUUAUUGGCAGAAUAUGUGAAUUUUUUGAAACAACAAAAGGGGAACACUACACCACAUUGCAGUGGUUCUAUAAAGCUGAAGAUACUGUUAUGAAAGAGCAGGCAAAAUUUCAUGACAAAAUGCGGUUGUUCUACUCUGAUAUAAGGAAUGAUAAUUUGUUAGACUGCAUCAUUUCAAAAGUCAGGAUUUCACCAAUCAUUCCCAGAGUAGAUGUGAAGUCUAGAGCUCUUCCAUCAUGCUUGUAUUAUUAUGAUAUGAAGUAUUCGGUGGAUUAUUCUACUUUCUCUUCUUUGGAAACUAUUCCUUCCACUAUUUCAUCUGAUUCACCAUCUUCUAUUACACGAGUUAUGCAUCCGAAGACAUCAACAGAGGACAUUGAAGAUGAUCUACCUUCAUCUAGUCAAGGUGAAAAGAGGGAUUUGUGCUCAUGUUAUGGCUUUGAAAAUGAUAGUGAUGUUUCGUUAAAAGGUGUGCGGCACUGUUGCAAGUCUAACAAUGUAGAGGCAACGCUAUUAGAUCUGUAUUCUGGUUGUGGUGGAAUGUCAACUGGGCUUUGUCUUGGAGCUCGACUGUCUGGUCUGAAUCUUGUGACAAAAUGGGCUGUUGAUUCUGACGAGGCUGCAUGUGAAAGUCUGAAACUAAAUCAUCCAGAAACUCAAAUCAGGAAUGAGUCCGCAGAUGAUUUUCUGGAUUUGUUAAGAGAAUGGAAGAGACUUUGCAAAUGCUAUGCUGUUGGUAUUGGUAAUCAAAGAAAACCUAACUUAAGGUCCUCUCAUGUGAAAAAGUCCAAUCCACAUGCUCGAGAUGACUCUUCGAUGGAUUCUGAAGAAUUUGAGGUUUCAAGGCUAGUUGAUAUUUGUUAUGGCGACCCUGCAAAUGUUGGGAAGCGUGGAUUGAAAUUUAAGGUGCGGUGGAAAGGUUUUGGUCCUAGUGAAGAUACAUGGGAACCAAUUGAAGGACUAAGCAACUGUAAGGACAGUAUAAGAGAUUUUGUAGUUGAAGGGGUCAAGGCAAAGAUACUUCCUCUACCUGGUGAAGUAGAUGUUGUAUGUGGAGGUCCUCCAUGCCAAGGUAUCAGUGGCUAUAAUCGGUUUAGAAACUUCAAUGCGCCACUAGAUGAUGAAAGAAACCGCCAAAUAGCUGUCUUCAUGGAUAUUGUAGAAUUCUUGAAGCCUAAAUAUGUUUUAAUGGAAAAUGUUGUUGAUAUAUUGAAGUUUGCAAAGGCUACGCUAGCACGAUAUUCAUUGAGUCGAUUAGUUCACAUGAACUACCAAGCAAGGUUUGGAAUGAUGGCUGCAGGUUGUUAUGGCCUUCCACAAUUUCGUUUGCGUGUGUUCUUAUGGGGUUGCCAUCCCUAUGAGAAAUUACCUCAAUUUCCCCUUCCAACGCAUGAAGUGAUCUUGAGAGGUGGUGCCUCUGCUGAGUUUGAGCGUAAUAUUGUUGGGUACGAUGAAGGCCAAGUACGUGUGUUGGAAAAAGCGGUUGUUCUCGAGGAUGUUCUUUCUGAUCUUCCAGCUGUGUCAAAUGAUGAAAAUAAUGAACAAAUACCUUACACUAAAGGCCCUCAAACAGAGUUUCAGAGAUACAUUCGCAUGCCCAAGUCUGAGAUGAUAGGAUUUUCAGCAUGUGAAGUGGAUGAUAUACAACCAUUGUUGUUUGACCAUCGUCCGAGAAAGUUAUUUGAGGAUGAUUAUAUGCGUGUCUGUCAAAUUCCUCGGAAAAAGGGAGCUAAUUUUAGGGACCUCCCUGGAACCAUUAUCGAUGCUAACAAUACUGUUCAACUAGAUCCAAGCAAGGAAAGGAUACUAUUACCUUCUGGGAGGCCACUGGUUCCAGAUUAUGCCCUGAACUUCUGGGAAGGAAAAUCAGUGAGACCUUUUGGUCGGUUAUGGUGGGAUGAGACAGUACCUACUGUCUUGACUGUUCCUGAUGCUCAUCAUCAGGCUGUUUUACAUCCUGAGCAAGAUCGUAUUCUCACUAUCCGAGAGACUGCAAGGAUUCAAGGUUUUCCUGAUUAUUAUAGGUUCUCUGGGACUGUGAAAGAAAGAUACCGCCAAAUUGGCAAUGCCGUGGCAGUUCCAGUCAGCAAAGCCUUAGGGUAUGCAAUGGGGCUUGCAUGGUUGAAGCAAAGUGGAGAUGAACCUCUACUGACCCUGCCAUCAAAUUUUGCAUUAUCUAACAAAGUCCUGCAAUUAUCUAGCUCACCUUCAGAAGUGCAAAACGUGAGCUCCUGACCUCUGUUCAAUGACGUCAUCGAUUCAAAUAGUUCUGGUUUCUGUAUGCAUGUUAUCUUGCAUCCUAAUGAUACUUGGUGUUAGACUAAGCAUGAUCCUUCCCAUGCUCUUUCUAUCUUGCUUUCAAAUGGUCACAGUAGUCUGUAAGCCUUUGCCAAACUCCUGUUUUUGACUUCAUUUCUGCACUAAAAUAUUGCAAAGGAAACGUUUAAUUGGUUGUCGAAAUUUUUUUCUAUAAUGUAUCAUUGGAAUAUUAUUCAGGUUGGU